AUGUUCUCCUGCGUCAACUACGAGCGUGGAUGCCGAGGCCGGGCCAACAACACCGCUGCACGAUGCGAUAGCUGUGUUACUCUGAAUAUUUCAAGUCGGUCCAACAGCGCUUCAUCUACAUCUUCUUCCAGCAGUCGAUCAUCACAAACAGCCUACUCGGCCAUGACAAACUCAUUCGCAUCGCUAUCUCAAUUAAAAUCGCCCAGCCCCGAUAGAACUUCCUGA